UUUUGUUUGUUUCCCAAUAAAUCUCUUUUUGUUUGUUUUGCUUGUUUUCUUUUUCUUUUCGUAAAAACCUUUCAUGGUUAUGUUAACAGUCCGCUAUUUAUUACUGAUAAACAAUUUUGAAUAUGAUUAAUGAUUUUCGUUCUUUAUCAUGUUUAAUAUGUAUUGAUAAUUAUAUAUAUAUUUUUAGAUGAACUUGAACUAGUAUUUUGAUUUUGUUUCAAAAUUUAUUUGCGGGAUUUAAUUACUGAUGAUUGGGUGGUUUUUUUAUUUUUUUUUAUUAAUUUUGAUAGCAAAUUCCUCCGGCAUUUGUUCGGAGAUAUCUGAAAGAGUUUGAGAAAGAAGUAACAUUGAAAGAUGAUAAUGGGAAGUUGUGGUGUAUGGGUUUGGUGAUUAUUGACAAGUACGUGUAUUUUGGGAUGAAUUGGGAGAGCUUUGUGAGAAAACAUUCUCUUGUUUUUGGUGACUUUCUCAUUUUUAAGUUGCAUGGUCAUUCAUUGUUCUCUGUUAAGCUAUUCGGCAGAGAUGGAUGCAACAAAUAUAUUUUGAAUAAUGCUAAAGCCAAUACUCUUAACAACACUACUACUGUCAAGACUGAAGUACAAGAAGAAGAGCAGUAUCCCCCUUAUACUGUCAAAAAGCGGUUUAAACGAUCCACAAAUAAAACAUCAGGUUUAACUAAACUCACUAAUCAACAUAAAACAAAUAAGAAAGCAGCUUCAACACUUGUCAAAAAGCAUAAGAGGAACCCUCGUUUCAAAUCGAUAAUUAGUGACUGUGAAUCUAGUAAAGCUUGGGUGUCUAUUCCUCGUUCAGUGUUCAAAGGGGUCAAAUUGUGCCCAGAAAUCGUGCUUUGUAAUGAGAAUAACAAGAAGUGGCGUGUGAAGUGCACAUUAAGGAAAGAUGGUCGAGCUGCUUUAACUGUUGGUUGGUCAGAGUUUCGAAAACAGAACAAUCUGAAACCAAAUGACACUUGUGUAUUUGAACUACUUGUCGUUGGCAACCAACACAACAAAUGCACUGAAAUUAAAGUGAUGAAGCCCUCCAACACUAAACCCUGUGCCAAACUUAAGAUUUAG